AUGGGUCCUCCAAGUGCAAAGACUUACAUGGGAUGGUGGGGUCACAUCGGCUCCCCAGCACAAAAGGGUAUUACUUCCUACUCCGUUUCACCAUACGCUCAAAAACCAUUGGCUGGUAUUUUCCAUGCAGCUUUUUACAACACUGCAAGAAGAGUGGGUGCUCAGGCCCUUUACGUCUUGAUCCCAAUGGGUAUCUACUGGACUUGGUGGGAAAACUGUAGAGAUUACAACGAAUACUUGUACACCAAGGCAGGUAGAGAAGAGCUCGAAAGAGUCAACGUUUAA